AGACCAUAAGUGAUCUAUUCUACUCUAUGACCAAGGCAUAUAGAAAGGAAGAUUUUGAUAAGUUGAUGGCUAAGGUUGAUAGAAUUGAUCACAGGGUUAAGGAGUACCUUGAAGAUGCAGGUUACGAAAAGUGGUCAAGAGUUCAUGCAACAGUAAACAUAGGUAGAAUGAUGACUUCAAACAUUGCAGAAUGUAUCAAUGGUUGUCUUGUUGAAACACGCCAAUUAACCAUAUUAGAAUUCUUGGAAGAAGUUAGAAUUCUUUUUGGUUCUUGGCAUUGCAAAAACAGAGAAGUAGCCUCAUACACAAAGGACUCAUUAGGGAGAAAAUUUGAGGAAUUGUUGAUUAUAAACGCGGCUAAAAGUUCAAAAAUGGAGGUUGUUCCAUCAUCUGAAUUUAUUUUCUCAGUUUAUGAAACUGGAAGAAGAUAUAUUGUUUGUCUUGAGCGGAAAGUAUGUUCUUGUGGUAGAUUUCAACUAGAUGAGAUACCUUGUUCACAUGCAAUCGCUGUAUUGAAAAAAAAAUGUCACAGAUAUGAAUCCGUAUUGCUCUGA